GAUUAUAUCAACUUUAACUUUCUGAAGAUUUACAGGACUGUUAGGGACCUUUUUGAAGUCGGUGUUAGACCAGGUGCAGGGUUCAGAAUGACAGACUCCAGGGAUUGUGACAUCAGUCAGAUAGUGGACAACAUUUACAUUGGAGGAGAGAAGGCCGUCCACAGAACAGAUCAACUCAAACAGAACAACGUGACACACAUCCUCACCAUCAACAAUGUCCCUCUACACAGGAGCUACACAGACACUUACAAAUAUAAAUUUGUCUAUGGCUUUGACUUAGAAUUCACUGACCUUCUCAGCCAUUUUGAGGAAUGUUUUGAGUUUAUAGAUGACGCUCUAGAUAAUAGAGGAGGUGUUCUUGUCCAUUGCAUGAUGGGAUGUUCCAGAAGUGCCACCAUUGUGAUUGCUUAUCUAAUGAAUAAGAAAAAACUGAGUUAUAGUGAAGCAUUAGAACUUGUGAAGAGUAUGAGACCAAUGGUAUCCCCCAAUGAUGGAUUCGUUUCACAACUUCUUUUGUUUGAAGAAAUGGACUGCACAAUAGAUAGAACCCAUGAGAAGUUCAGACAAUACAGACUAAAGAAACUGGCCACCAACUUACAGGGAACUACUGCUGAGGAGCGAUCCAAACUACAGUCCAGUUACUUUGACACAACUGAGGAGAUCAAGAAAAAUGACGCAGUGUUUAAAUGUCGAAAGUGCAGGCAUGCCUUGUUUAGGCAGUCUGGGAUUAUGAAGCACACAGUGGGAGAUGGAGAAGUGGCUUUUGACUGGAGAGGAAAAGUGUCCUCAGAGAAAGUGGAAAAAUCCCCUGAUGAGGCGGAGAGAGUUUGUGAUUUAUCGUACUUUAUCGAGCCUGUCCGGUGGAUGGCGGGGUCCAUCCAGGAUCUGGAAGGAAAGCUGGCCUGUCCCAAAUGCAGCUGUAAAAUUGGCUCCUACAUCUGGUACGGGGAGAGGUGUCCAUGUGGUGCUUGGGUGGCCCCAGCCUUCCACAUCCAGACUGCCAAAGUGGAUAUGUGUAAACCAAGAAUCAUUCCUAACAGAUAAUAACAGCCUGUUUUUGUAAUUAAAAAAAAUUUCCACA